AUGUCAAUCGAGGGAGGCUUGAAAGAAGGGAAGAGUGUUAUCAUAAUUGGACGGAUUUUGCCAGAUGCCAGCAGAUUACAUGUGAACCUUCAGUGCGGUUCUGAUUCUAAGGCUGAUAUUGCUCUGCACAUAAACCCGCACUAUGAGAACGACAGUGCACAUGUAAUGUACAACACCUACAAGAACGGUACAUGGGGCUCUGAACAAUCCACGCCUGACUCUCCUUUCGUCAAAGACAAACUGUUCGCCAUCGAGAUCCUUGUCACCAAGGAGGCAUACAAGAUAAGUGCCAAUGGGAAACAUGUAAUGGAUUAUGAACACCGUAUUCCAAUCACUCAAGUCAACACCAUCUCAGUGGACCAAAACAUCGAGCUGGAGUUCAUUGGUUACCAGAAUUCUCUGCUGGUCCCAUACAAAACCCUGAUCAAUGGUGGGCUACAGCCUGGCAAUAACAUUCUUAUUUAUGGAGUUCCUAAUACUGACUCUAAAAGGGUAGAGUUUAAUCUGCGCCACAGGUAUGGGAUUGCAUUUCACUACCUAUCCCUUUUUGAUGAGAAUGUGGUUGUCUGUAAUACCUCUGAGAAUGGGAAAUGGGGGGCAGAAGAAAGGAGUGGAGGUGUGCCUUUUCUAAAAGGUCAGCUAUUUCAGGUCAAAAUCUCCUGCAGUAGAGAGCAUUAUGCUGUGUUUGUGAAUGGCCAGCAAGCACACACUUACAAGCAUCGCUUUACUAAACUGGACGACAUCGAUGUCUUUGAAGUUUAUGGACAGCUGCAGCUGAUUUUUGUGCACGUCUAA